UCCUCUUCCCGCCCUCCUUCCCUUUACGUCACUCUGGGAUCGGCUGCGGGCUAACAAGCAUCGCCAUCCACCAGCGGAGUUUACGCCUCUUUACCUUCGCCUUCUUUCGGGACGAGGGAUCGAUCCAGCCAGCCAGGAGAAAGUCGCCUUCACGGGCUGUGGGAUUAAAGUCGCUCCGCUUUCGUCGAAACUGCCAGUCGUGCGGAUUCAUGCCAGAUUGUUAGCUAAAUGCGGUACGAAGCUAAAAAAAUGAUGCCGAUGUUCCUGACAGUUUACCUCAGUAACAACGACCAACACUUCACUGAGGUUCCCAUCACCCAGGAAACGCUAUGCCGAGACGUGGUGGACCUGUGCAAGGAGCCAGGAGAGGCCGACUGCCACCUGUCCGAGAUGUGGCGUGGAUCUGAGCGAGCUGUAGGGGACGGCGAGAGGAUGCUGGAUGUGCUCCAGCGAUGGGGACAACACAGGCCUGAGGUGCGCUUCUUCCUGCGCCACAGCCGAGCCCCGAGCAGGGAUUCAGGUGUGUCCAGAGGCUCGGAGCCAAAGAGGAAUGGAGUGAAGGGUCCACCAGACAGAAGAAUGGAGAACGGGGUGGCAGCACCCAGAAUGGACAUGACUUUGGCGGAGCUACAGGAGAUGGCUGCCAGACAGCAGCAGCAGAUUGAAGCUCAACAACAACUCCUGGCUUCCAAGGAGCAGCGACUGCGCUACCUGAAGCAGCAGGAGCAGCGGCAGCAGCAUCAGGCGUCUGAGCAGGAGAAGCUCCAGCGUCUCCGCGACAACAUCGACAACCAGGAGAGUCGGCUCAAAAAGGUCCGAGCCCUCAAAGGACAAGUGGAGCAGAAACGCCUCAGCAAUGGCAAACUGGUGGAGGAGAUUGAGCAGAUGAACAACCUCUUCCAGCAGAAGCAGCGAGAGCUGGUGAUGGCUGCCACCAAGGUGGAAGAUCUUAACCGGCAGCUGGAAUUGUUGAAAAAUGGCAAAAUGGAGAACUUCCACGACAACCAGGGCUCUGUGGCUGAACUCGACCGCCUCUACAAGGAGUUGCAGAUGCGGAACAAGCUGAACCAGGACCAAAAUUCCAAACUGCAGCAGCAGAGAGAGAGCCUGAACAAGCGCAACAUGGAAGUGGCUUCCAUGGAUAAGAGGAUCGGCGAGCUGCGCGAUCGGCUGUGGAAGAAGAAGGCAGCGCUGCAGCAGAAGGAGAACGUGCCUAAUGGCUAUCCCGGUAAAGAGAGUGCUUCAAAAGACACACAUCCUCAGGCGCCCCCUGAUGGCCCAACCAGUCAACAACAGUCAGGUCCAUCACGCGUGGCGGCGGUCGGCCCGUACAUCCAGUCGUCCACCAUGCCCCGCGGCGGCACUGGCAGACACGAGCUGCUUGUAAAACCAGCCUACCCAGACGGCACUGCCACCCUGCCCACACACGAUCUGCAGAACAAGGCCAGAACAGGGAACCAGUCAUCAAAACCAGAGUCCAAUACCAACGGCCAUGGUCCAGCUUCAACACUUCCACGAAUGACCUCUCACAAAGUCCAAGAUGACACGGAGCCCAAGAGGGACAAGAAGGUUCGUCCAUUUUCUAUGUUUGAACCAACAGAGGUUCCCGCCGCUUCACUCCGCAAAAACCAGAGCAGCGACGACCUGGUCAGGGACGCCCAGUCGGCUCCCAAAGCUCCAGUCAAGAUCCCGCCGCCUGUCCCCACCAAACCGAAAGGCCCAAAUGUUGUCCCGUACGGCAAAGCGGGUCUGAACACGGGCACCUUUCCUAAAGCCAAGCCUCACAACAAUCACCCCCAGGCCGCCCACAGCCCUCUCCCACCCUCUCAGAGCCAGACGCUCCCUUUACCCUCCAAGCAGGACACUCCGCCCGCUGCCGCCGUGCGACCCUUCACCCCAGAGCUGCCCUCCUCCAAAGACAACAACAUGAGCAAGCCGCAGACCGUCGCCGCCAGCUCCAUUUACUCCAUGUACACGCAGCAGGCCGGCAUCCAGGGGGCCCUGAGCCGGUGUCAGAGCCGUACCAACGGCUUCGUCAGCGUGUAUGGAAAGCCAGUGAUCCCCAGCGGAGGAUCUCAACACCCAGAGAACCCCUACAUGGAACGCCGCUCCCCUGCCCUGGACUCUGAGGUGGACCACACUGGAACCAACUACACAGGUCCCAGUCCACCUGAGGGCUCUCAACCAGAGACGGAGCGCAUCCCCCGACCCCUCAGCCCCACCAAGCUGCUCCCCUUCAUUUCCAACCCCUACCGGCACCAGAGUGAUGGAGAUCUUGAAGCUCUGAGGAAGAAGCUCUACAAUGCCCCGAGGCCCCUGAAGAAGCGCAGCUCCAUUACGGAGCCUGAGGGACCUGCUGGGCCAAACAUCCAGAAGCUUCUCUACCAGAAAACCACCCUGGCAGCUAUGGAGACCACAGUCAACACACCGGGAACUCCCAUCUUUCCCGGUGAGGCGGAGAAGGAGGGAGAGAUAUCUGUGGGGCCUCACGUUCCAGGACCUCUGAGUGAUGUGGAGGACCACCAGUCAGAUGUUCUGGGGGAGGGACAACAUGUCCACAUUCCAACCCCAGCCGAACAACCCAGACCACCAGUAACAAUCAUUGCUUUUGACAAUGAAGACAUCAUACCCCCUCCUCCACCGUCACACCCUGCUCCCAGGCCAGAGGACGCGCUCUUCCCACCGCUGCCAUCUGCUGGUCUGGAGGACACCAUCCCCAACAUACCCCCUCCACCUCCGGAGGGCUUUCUGGAAGAGUUCCCCCCUUACCCACCGCCUCCGUACCCCAGCGGAGGAGAGCAGGACACCUUAGGAGAGGACACCUUUAAUAUGAAAGCGCCAGAGGUCACCGGUCAAGUCGUUUUGCCCCCGGGGAAGAGGACAAACCUGCGCAAGCUCGGCUCGGAACGCAUCAGCCACAGCAUGAGAGUGAAGUUCAACCCCCUGGCUCUGCUGCUGGACUCCUCUCUGGAGGGAGAGUUUGACCUGGUCCAGAGAAUCAUCUACGAGGUGGAGGACCCCAGCCUGCCCAACGAUGAAGGCAUCACUGCACUACACAACGCGGUCUGCGCCGGACACACCGAGAUCGUCAAGUUUCUGGUUCAGUUCGGCGUCAACGUCAACGCGGCAGACAGCGACGGAUGGACGCCUCUGCACUGCGCCGCCUCCUGCAACAACGUGCAAGUCUGCAAGUUCCUGGUGGAGUCGGCCGCCGCCGUCUUCAACACGACAUACAGCGACAUGCAGACGGCGGCCGACAAAUGCGAGGAGAUGGAGGAAGGCUACACCCAGUGCUCCCAGUUCCUCUACGGCGUUCAAGAGAAGAUGGGCAUCAUGAACAGGGGGGUGGUCUACGCCCUGUGGGACUUCGCGGGGGAAAACCCAGACGAGCUGUCGUUCCGCGAGGGCGACUGCAUGACGGUCAUCCGCAGGGAGGACGAGGAUGAGAUUGAGUGGUGGUGGGCGCGCCUCGGAGACAACGAGGGCUACAUUCCUCGCAACCUUCUCGGGCUGUACCCGAGGAUAAAGCCCAGACAGAGAAGCCUCGCGUAGAAGAACGCUGCACACUUCAUAAUGCGCAUUAACACACACACACACACACACACACACACACACACACACACACACACACACACACACACACACACACACACAGAGACAUGCUUUAACAAUCCGGAAAAAGAAGGAAACUGCUGCAAUAACGAGACACUAUGAAGGAUCAACGACGAACUUUGGGGCCCAACUGGCACUUUCCUCCAUCAACAGAGGGACUCCCUCCUUAUUCGACACUAUUUUGUCCCUCCCUUUUGUUUUUUCUUUUUUUGUUUCCUAAAGUGAUGGAAACUGUGGAUAUAAACGGAACAAGCAGUAUUGUAAUGUUGAGUAACUGAGUCAACAAUUCUGACUUACAGUGACAAUCUCUCUCUUUCUCGCUCUCUGUUUAUGAACACUGGAGGUGUAAUGUCUCCAAGCGCGUCACUAAUGGAUCUUUGGGUGCAAAAAUGGUGAGUUUGAGCCAUUGUUGUUUUCAGUCUGUGGCCCAUGACGUCUAAGACUUAACCACCGGGCUGAGACGCCACAGGUUGUACUUGUACUAACAUGAAACUGAUCCCAGGGCAGUUUGACUUCCAGGUUGACGACCAUGAGAGAUGUAUUACUCUCUACUUCACCCACUGACUGUUUCUCAGUCACAUCUAACAUCGUUUUCUUUCCAGUUCCCCCAAAACACAUCUCACCGUGCAGAUAUAUUUAUUUUUGUUACCGUUUGUUUUCUUUUACGCCCUCUGUAUGAACUAUAACCUCAAAUGUACUGUAGCAUUUUAAACAUUUAUAAUAAAUACUUUGUACCAAG